CAGUAAGAGACCACAGCUCAAGAAUAUUUGUGCUCCUGACCAUAGUAAUAGUGGGAAAAUGGCAGAAAAAUUAGAGAUGGUGAAGAACAAGCAGGUGUUAUUGAAAGACUAUGUGAGUGGUUCCCCAAAAGAGUCCGAUUUUAUCAUCGCCACUGACAAGAAGAUAAGCUUGGAAGUUCCUGAAAGCUCAGAUAAUGGGGUGUUGCUUAAGAAUCUCUACUUGUCUUGCGAUCCUUACAUGAGCCUUCUCAUGCCAAAGCCUGCAAAUUCUACUUUCGAGGAUGGAUUCUCUCAUUACACUCCUGGAUCUCCAAUAAAUGGGUAUGCGGUAUCUAAGGUACUGGAUUCAAAGCACCCAAAAUUCAAGAAGGGUGACUUGGUAUGGGGUAUAACAGGAUGGGAGGAGUACAGUCUCAUAGCAGAACCUGAUUCUCUUUUCAAGAUUGAGCACACAGACAUUCCUCUUUCCUAUUACACUGGAUUACUAGGCAUGCCUGGCAUGACUGCUUAUGUUGGAUUCUAUGAAGUUUGCAAACCUAAAAAGGGAGAAAAGGUAUUUAUAUCUGCUGCAGCUGGUGCUGUCGGUCAGCUUGUUGGACAGUUUGCAAAGUUGGCAGGCUGCUAUGUAGUUGGAAGUGCAGGAAGUAAACAAAAGAUUGAUCUUCUGAAGAACAAGUUUGGGUUUGAUGAUGCUUUCAAUUACAAAGAAGAACAGGACCUUGAUGCUGCUCUGAAGAGGUACUUCCCCGAAGGAAUUGAUAUUUACUUCGAAAAUGUUGGAGGAAAGACAUUGGACGCCGCGCUCCUGAACAUGAAAUCGCAUGGCCGAAUUGCUGUGUGUGGAAUGAUCUCACACUACAAUCUUGAUAAACCCGAGGGAGUACAUAAUUUGGCAUCUGUUCUUUACAAACGUAUUAGAAUGGAAGGAUUUGCAGUUUAUGAAUACUAUCACCUAUAUCCAAAGUUUCUUGACCUUGUACUGCCAUAUAUCCGAGAAAACAAGAUCACCUAUGUGGAAGACAUUGCAGAAGGCCUCGAGAAUGGCCCUGCUGCCCUUGUUGGUCUGUUCAGCGGUCGCAAUGUUGGGAAACAGGUGCUUGUGGUUGCUCGAGAAUAAUCUCAACUUCCAUUUUGAGAGAGAGAGCAAGUCAUUUCUGCCUAGAGCACACCAACUUCAGUGGCUUUUCACCUAGGUUACUUAAUCGCAUGACUUUUAAGGUUUUUGUAAAGUUUCUUCCAGAGAAUAACAGAUGAAAUGCAGUAAUCCACUGUUGAAGUAAAAAAUCCUGCAACCAGCAUUUCCUUUGUAGCUUAA